AUGGAAACGAAUUGUUCUAAACUGAAUAUGAUAAAAUUACCGAUGCUCGAUCGACUUCAGUCUGAAUACAGACAACAAGACAAUGGUUCCCAACCAUCCACUGAAUUAUAUAUACAUUAUUAUCAGCAGAAAUUUAAAGAUCAAUGUCCGAUGAGAUUUAUCGAUGAUGAAAAUGAUGAAGAAGAUAUGAAUGUUGCCAAAACUGAAAGAAAAAAUGAUCUUAAACAUGAAGAAAAACAACAACGACGACAUGUUACUGACAAUCAAAAACAAAGGAAUUAUUUAUUUACAACUGAUCAAAAACAUAGAAACAUACGAAAAACAUUAUAG